CAGGUGAAAGCGUCACAUUUCAAUGUUAUUUGUCACGUGGCAACAUAUCAAGGUUACACGUGACCUGGUACGAGAAGGAGGGAAACAGUCAAGAGAAACUCAUCAGCAGCCACAACGAUUCAUUUGCGUUCACUGUUCAAGGAACACUGGCUGACAACAUGGAGAGUCAUGUGGUACUUUAUAGAUGUUCCGUCAGAAAUACUGAUGGACUCGGUUCUAGUCCCUCAGCCAAACUAGUAGUCCUGCAUAAAGGAGAUAAAGCUGUCUGUGUACGUGAAGUUUCGUAUGGAGUCACAUGGAUGCCCACGUCAGCCGGAAUGAACGACAUUCAGCGAUGUCCUAAUGCCACUGGAACAGCAGUGAGACCUUGUCUUAAAGUCGACCCCGGAACUGCCCAGUGGGAUGAAGCCAACUUCUCAAACUGCAUGUCAAAUGAAGUACAGGAAAUACACAAUGAAAUAUUAGCAGUGACAGAAGGAUAUGCAGUCAGCAGAACGUUAACCAGCAUCCUUGAAGAUUUAGAAAGCGUCACAGCUGCUUACAGAGCUCCAAGACCGGGAGAGAAUUCGAGGUCACUGUUCGAAAAAGAUCUAGCAGCUUCUGUUGAUGCACUUACAAGACUGACUAACUACAACGCGGCAAGCAGAACAAGACCUCUUAGCAAUAACCACGACAUCAGUAACUUGGUAAAGACCUCUAGCAACUUGCUAGAACUGUCUAAUCUGCCAGCUUGGAAGACUGCACUCAAGACAGAAGAUGAUCUAGCAUACAGGAUGGUGUCAGCGCUCAGUGAAUACGGACAUCAUUCUAUGAACAAGAAAAGGGACAUUCACAUACAAGCUGACAACGUUGUUUUGAUCGCAGUCAAGGUUUCAGCUAACAGUUCUGCUGCGUCAGAAGGCCUACGGAUGAUUCAUGGACAAAGUUCGCUUUAUCUACCACCAACAUUCUUCAGCCAAACAAACGACUCAGUUACCAUAGUCAGCGUGAUUUUCUCGACCUUGGGUAACGUUCUCACAAACACGGAAGCACUUAAGGAGCUUAACACGUCCCAUUCCAAUAGUUCUGAUUGGUUCCUGAACUCGAGGCUGGCGUCCAUUACGGUCAGGCCACGCCCACCUGACGUCAUAAAACCUCCAUUUAAAUUAGCUCUAGAAACGAACAAGGUUACCAUAGCAAGUAGCAACAGAAUGUGCGUAUUCCUAAAUCUCUCCGGAGAUCACAACAAAGCUUGGUCAACGGAAGGAUGUAGUGUUGUCUCCCCGAGAACAAACAGGACAACUACAACCUGCGCUUGCGAUCACAUGACCCUGUUCGCUGUAUUGAUGGAGACCAGUAAUGACAAGAAAACAGAUGCCAUUGACCGUGCUGCGCUUUCCUGGAUAUCCAUAGUAGGAUGUACAUUGUCCCUCAUUGGAAUCCUGAUCACCUUGUUAGUUAUGAUGUAUUUCUGGAAGAAUUUGCGCUCUCCGAGAACAAGAGUCCUUGUAAAUCUUUGUGUUGCCAUAGCCAUGACAGACGUGUUGAUAAUUGCCAUGGAGAUUGCUGAUGUGCAGAACAAGACUGGCUGUACUGUUCUGGCUGCACUGCUUCACUUCUUCAUCCUCUCGAUAUUCUGUUGGAUGUUGUCAGAGGGGGUGCAGCUGUAUUUCUCCAUUGUCAAAGUGAUUGGAGAGGCAGCCCAUGCACACAUGAGAGUCUUCUACUGUCUGGGAUGGGGUCUUCCCACUCUUGUUGUGGCGGUUUCCUUGGCAGCUACUGGUGGUCAAGGUUAUGCUGAUCCACAAUCAUGUUGGCUGUCCACACGGAAUCAUAUCCUCUGGGCGUUUGUGGUGCCAGCGCUCCUUAUUAUCAGCGGAAAUAUAGUGGUCUUUGCGCUCGUAAUCUACAGCAUGCUCUCUAGUCAUCGUCUUCGAAAAGAGCCGCUGACACGGAGAUUCCAGCGCGGGCUCAAGGCCUCGUUUGUCUUGUUACCUCUUCUCGGAAUCUCGUGGUCUUUUGGCGUUCUAACCAUGACCUCUGACAAGAUUGCAUUUAACUACAUCUUUGCAAUCUUUAACUCGCUGCAAGGAUUUUUCAUCUUUAUCUUUCACUGUGUUUUCAACAAGCAGAUAAGGGACGUUCUAAAAGAGAAUAAAAGAAAGCGGACAGGUUUCGUCACAGACGCCAUGACAGCUCAAUCCAACAGAAAACUCAGCACUAUUACAAACACAACACAAGGCACCAAUAGCCGCCUCAGCACAGCCACUCCUCUCAAAAUCCUAAACCUUCAGAUUUUCCGAUCGGAAAUCACACCCUCGCCGCCACACCAUUCGCCAACGUUCAGCCGCACAUAUGCCUUCGAGGAAACAUCACUCCAAUCAGCGAGUCCUGCGAACCCUCGCGCGGAACGCGACAUCCUGCUACAGGGGAACACUCAAGAGAAAAGAGAGGAGAAACAAGGUUUCCCAGAAUAACUUAAUCUUCGUAAAAUUGGCGAGAGUCGAGAACGCCUUGAAUAGGAUAAUCUUUGUUUAUAACAUUUGCUUGAUUAGCAUAAGCAA